GCAGGAGGAAAUAGGAAAUAGGAGUAUAGGACGGCCAAAGAGAAGGAGUGCCCGCUCCCGCCUAACGUGGUCCGUUUCCACCCUCACAAAUGUCCCCUCUUAAACCCAAGCUAUGCCACUCGCUCCACGUUCCAUGACUUCCAUCAGAGAGGUGACUAAUAAAUGAGUUUGCAUUGCACUAUUGCAGCGCGCAACAGUCAACACACCCUCGCAAACUGCUAAGUACCGACCUUCCUCUCCUUUCUUUCAGUUGUCCGGAAGAGGAUUGAUUUAUAUAUAUUGAUUAAAGAGAGACGUCUGAUCAGUGUGUGUGUGUGUGCGCGCGAAUGGGAGGCGAGAGUUCGUCAAUCGGAGCGUUAGUGCCGACGGUGAAAUCGGAGCUUGGGAGCAAUAAUAAUGCAGCCGCAGGGGAGCGGGAGCAGGAGCAGCAGCAACCGGAGGCGAUGGCGGUUGAAGAGGAGUUGGCGAUGCCGGACAGGGAUAUAUUGUGUCCGAUAUGCAUGCAGCUGAUUAAGGACGCGUUUUUGACCUCCUGCGGACACAGCUUUUGUUACAUGUGUAUCGUCACGCAUUUGCAGAACAAGAGCGAUUGCCCGUGCUGUUCUCAUUUCCUCACUCCUAAUCAUCUCUACCCUAAUUUCCUCCUCAACAAGUUAUUGAUGAAAGCCUCUGCUUGCCAAAUAGCCAAGACUGCUACUCCAGCUGAACAACUUCAUAAGGCAUUACAACAGGGAUAUGAGGUGUCAGUAAAGGAGCUUGACAGUCUCUUGUCUUUUCUUGCUGAGAAGAAAAGAACGUUGGAGCAACAAGAAGCUGAAACAAAUAUGCAAAUUAUGCUUGAUUUCCUGCAUUGUCUGAGAAAUCAAAAACUUGGAGAGCUCAAUGAGUUACAAACUGACCUCCAGUACAUUAAGGAGGAUAUAAAUUCUGUAGAGAGACAUGGAAUAGAAUUAUACCGGUCCAGAGAUAGAUAUUUAACAAACGUAAGGAUGCUUGGUGAUGAUCCUCGUGCAAAAUUAUCAUGGCCCUCUUUGAUUGAAAAACGUGGUGGUGGUGUGCUACCUUGUUUUCCUGGUCCACAGAGCCAGUGCCACAUGGGUUCCAGUACUUCACAUAACUGGAAAGCUGAUGAGAAAACCCCUUCAGGCUCUCAGAUAAUCCAGAUAAAGGAUGCUAACAGUGACUUGGAUUCACAGCAGCUAACUCAAUCAGGACUUCUUGUAGCAAGAAAGAAGCGAGUCCAUGCACAGUUCAAUGACCUUCAAGACUGUUAUAUGCAAAGGCGACGGUCCUCGACAAGACAAUCCCAAAAAAAGGAUGAAAGAGACAGAAGAGAAGGUUACAGCACAGGGCUUGAAGAUUUUCAGACUGUGCUCUCAACCUUUACACGAUACAGUCGGUUGCGGGUUGUUGCAGAACUUAGGCAUGGAGAUCUUUUUCACUCUGCCAAUAUUGUUUCAAGUAUAGAAUUUGAUCGUGAUGAUGAACUCUUUGCUACAGCUGGAGUUUCACGGCGUAUCAAAGUGUUUGAAUUUUCAUCGGUGGUGAAUGAACCAGCAGAUGUCCCAUGUCCUAUUGCAGAAAUGUCCACUCGUUCCAAGCUCAGUUGUCUCAGCUGGAACAAGUACACAAAAAAUCACAUAGCCAGUAGUGAUUAUGAGGGUAUAGUGACUGUUUGGGAUGUGACCACCCAUCAGAGUGUGAUGGAGUAUGAGGAGCAUGAAAAACGAGCAUGGAGUGUUGAUUUUUCACGUACUGAACCCUCCAUGCUUGUAUCCGGGAGUGAUGACUGCAAGGUCAAAAUUUGGUGCACGAAUCAAGAAGCCAGUGUUCUUAACAUUGACAUGAAAGCUAACAUAUGUUCGGUCAAGUACAAUCCUGGAUCUAGCAUCCACAUAGUAGUGGGCUCAGCUGACCAUCACAUCCAUUAUUAUGACUUGAGAAAUACAAGUCAACCAGUGCAUAUUUUCAGUGGGCACAGGAAAGCUGUUUCAUAUGUCAAAUUUUUGUCCAACAGUGAACUAGCUUCUGCAUCUACUGACAGCACAUUACGCUUGUGGGAUGUUAAGGAAAAUAUCCCAUGCAGGCAAAUUGUCCGAAGGGUUGGAGUCUUUUUAAAGAGGUGCUAUUUCAAAUUGUUACUGCUACAGAUGACCAUCCAACUAGCCGGAUCGCCGCAUUACCUGUAUAAAUGAAAAACAAGACUCUUUUGUCUAAGGAAACGAUAUCUGAGCGUAAACUUCCUCAACAUAUGCAGAAGCUAGUUGCAUCUAAACUCUAGUAUGCCAAUUUCUAACAGUUUUAUCAACUUUUGUGAACUUCAUCAAUUUCUGUCAUUAAAAUGGUGUUUGAGAGUAUGUUUUGGUUUUGUUAGCUACAAGUGUAGUGGUUCUUGUCUUAAUGGCCUUUAAUCAUGCGAUUUUCAUAAAAUCCUGACUUGGAUGAGUGCAAGGCUGGAGCUUUAGCACCAAGUGUCAAGGCUGGACGUAUACUACUAUGAGAAACCAUGCUGGAUUGCAAAAUUUUAUUUAUUUUUGGGUAACCGUACUGGAUAGCAAUUUUGAUGGCUUGGCUUGUAAAGUUUUUCUGUAAGCCUAAAUUGACUCCUUAGUUGUAAAUUUUGCUUGGAAGUUUAAAUUUACCUUUGUGUUGCU